AUGUGGACGUAUCGUGGCGAUCCCUAUGUCCCCACCUUUGUUGUUGAGAUUGAUGAGCUCUCUGGUCCAGGCUCUCAACUCAGCGCUCUUGAUCGAAAGAUGAGAAAUGAAUAUUUCCAGCACGGCGUCCAGUUGGGUUGGCUGAUCGACCCACGCCCAGACCUUCAGCGGAUGUAUGAGUACUAUCUCGACGACAAUGGAGACGUACAAUGCUCUGACAACAGUGUGUGGAGAGAUCUUGACGGUGGUGAUGUGCUUCCUGGUUUCAAGAUGCGCGCACCUGUGUUGGAAAUGGUCUUGAACCAGGAUUCGGGUUCGUCGUCAGAAGAUGAAGUUGAUCUGCUGUGUCCCUCUCCAAGAUGCAACAAGCGAUUCCGUUCGUAUGGUGCAUGCGCUGCUCAUGUCGAAUGGCACCGUAAGGAGAGAUCUAUCUCGAAGUACUUAGCCAAGCGUGAGAACUCAUAG